UCUCGUGUCUAUAUCAAAUAGUGUGAUAUAUUUGGAAAAAAACAUGUUUUUUGAUCUAAUUUUGUUAAAUCCUCAACAUCGUGGUCAAUUCGGUAAAGCUUGGUUAGCAGCAACUUUAGGAAUUAAGAAACUUAGCAGAAAUGAUCUUAAUGAAAUGGAUGUGUGUAAAUUAUGCGACGUAUACGAUAGCGAUUUUAGCGCCCCUGCUCCGAUCGCAAAAGUUCGAAGGAAGAAAGCGAAGAAACAUUCUGUGGUGGUGGAAACACCACCCGUGGUUUCGGACGAAUUAGAACCCUUCAAAAAUUUACAAAUUGAAGAUGUUCUAAUACGAGAACCUAUAGGGGAUAUAACGAUGAAGGAAGCUCCUCCUGUGUCGAUAAUUGCUGAACCUGUGGACGAACUGGGUUUUGGUGGACCUGCAGAUUGGGAACACAUUAUUAAAGGGAACGUAGAGAGACGAACGUCUUCGUCUUCGACAACAGUCGGCGCCGGUCCUGUAACUGUCCAAGUCGAAGCCGAAGUUCAUGCCGAAAAAGGCGAUUCGAUCGAACGUCCGACAAGGGCGACUUCGAAGGACAGAACAGAAAAACAACAGCAAGAAAUCGAGCCAAUCACCAUCGCCGAAGUGUCGCGAGUCCUACGGGAAAUUCCGUUACCUCAAAAACGAGAUAAUAUCGGAGAAGUACAGAGACCCGUUCGGGUUACGGACGACGUCGUCGAAAAAGACGCCGCCCCCUCCGCCGCCGCUCGCAAAUCUUCAUCGGUCACUACGCAACGCGAACAAAUGGAAAAAACGGAGAAAAAAAACAAAAAGGAUGAUCUGUUUUUCGUUAGACACGUCAGGCGAUACAUCACAAUAAACAGAUGCGUCGAAAACGGGGGUAGAUACGUUAGCAAACCCCCAGUUCCGGAAAGUUCGUACGAAAAUUCGAAUUUCUCGUAUCUCUACAAAUAUUUCGGUAUGUCCGCGAGCGUCGGCGGUACCUCGUUAGAGGUCCGACCGCGAGUUACCGCAUCGAAGAGUUUGUCUCUACCAUCGGUAGGUCAAUUACGCCCCACAUUAGGAACCGAAGCAAUCAGAGAAGCGAGAUCGUCGCAGGAAACGGAAAUAAGAACCAUCGACGUACCAGCGGAAAAAACCACCUCAUCUUUGAUACGAACCACGGAUAUUCAAAAAGCGAGUUUCGUUCCGAUGGAAGUGGACGUGCCCGAACGUAUAAUUACCGAACAACAACAACAACGAGCAUCGUUACCUUACGAACCUACCGAAGUUCCGAUGGUAAUCGAAGAAAGUGACAAAACCGCACGACGAACUCAUCGUUCUCGUAAAACCACCGAAUCUGAAAAUGCUACCGUGAGACAACAAAAGAUUAUAAAUAUUCUUACGAAAUGGAAUUACGACGAAAGUUCGCCGACUAUUGAAGACGUUGCCGAAAAACCGAUUAGGGUUAAUAGUAUCGCUGUAGCCUUUAACGAUUUACUCGUUUUGUGUGCCGGUAAAUACGUUGCUCUAGUACCCGAAGAAAAUUCUUUAGAAUUGAAAUAUAUAGAGAAAGGACCGAAAAUGAAAAUUUAAAUUUUAUUUAUUCCACAAAAAUUAUUUAUAUUCCAGUAUCAAAUUUAUAGAAUUAAUAUAUUCAGUUAUA